UUUUUUUUCUCUCUCCACUCGGACCAAUCCGCCUGCUCGGCUUCUUCUAUUUAAAGUGAUUCGUGUUCUUCUUUCUUUCUCCUGUCAAAACAUUGAGUGAACAAAUCAAUCUUCGUGCUUUCUUUCUCCUUCCUUUCUUCAGUUAUUCAUUCCCCUUAGUUUUCUACCUUCAAGCCUCUGUCAUAAAUUUCUUCCAAGCUUGAGACUUCUCUUACCCUCGCGUUGUCCUCCUCAACAAACCUGGAAUGUGGAGGAGCUCAUAUGUUUCAGGCUCCAAUCGUACAAUAUUGUCAAACCAGCUGAACUGUUGACAGUCCUAAGUUUGAUACAAUCAUACAUCAACCUGGUCACCGUUAUCAGAGAUCUACACAGUUGCGGAACCUACUGCCAUUCUCAGCCGUCUCUCGUCUCUGCAGACUGGUGUUUAUAUAUUGGUAACAAAUUUUGAGACUGUUAGAAUUGCUUUUCAGGUUCAUUCCUAGUCAUCUCUAUAUUUUUGUGACAUUGGAUGCUUUUGUUUUUUUUUUUUUAUGUGCAGGCAAAGUGCAAGACAAGAUGUUUCUCGCCGGAUGCAUUUUGUUGUUUCUUAGCUAUCUCCUUAGCUUUGUAUUGUCUUCCAUAUAUACUAGCAAGUCACUAAAGCUACCACCUUCCCCAUUUAAACUCCCCAUCAUAGGAAACCUACAUCAGUUAGGUUCAUUGCCACACCGCAAACUCCAGUUAAUGUCUAAAACCCAUGGACCUCUUAUGUUUCUACAUUUUGGAUGUAAACCGGUCCUUAUUGUUUCAUCAAUUGCGGCAGUUUGUGAAAUAACAAAAAAUCAUGACCAAGCAAUAUCAAACAGAUAUGAGACGAGCUUUGGUAAGAAAAUCUCAUAUAAUAAUAAAAAUAUCGGAUUUGCUCCAUAUGGUCAUUAUUGGAGUAUGAUGCGGAAAUUUAGUAUUUUCCAUUUGGUAAGUAUGAAAAAGGCCCCAUCAGUUCGGUCAGUGAUGGAAGAGGAGACGACAAUACUAACCGAAAAAAUCCAAAGGCUUAUUUCAUACGCAACACCUGCACUGCCAACUAUACUGAAUUUGAGUGAUAUCUUUAUGAUUCUUACCAAUGAUAUCAUCUGUAGAAUGGCUAUAGGGCAGAAGUAUAAUGGAGAGGCGGAUUGUACGCCGAGAUUUAAAUUGAUGUUCCAAGAAAUCGGAAAUUUGCUAGGAACUUUUAAUAUUGCAGACUUCAUACCUUGGCUUGGGUGGGUGAAUUUUAUAAAUGGUUUGGAGAAGAGGAUGGAGAAAGCUUUUGUAGAGAUAGAUAUUUUUCUUGAUACUGUGAUUCAACAACAUAGAAUUGAAUAUAAGAAAAAAGACUAUCAGAAUAAUGCUGCAGACAUUGAUUUAGUGGACGUCCUCCUUCAGAUUGAAAGAGAGAGGACCUUUGACAUUUGUCUUUGGAAUGAUAACAUCAAAGCAAUUCUAUCGGAUAUGUUUGGCGUUGGAACUAAUCCCACAAGUAUACUUCUGGAGUGGACGAUGGCAGAAAUUUUAAAGCAUCCAGAAGUAAAGAAAGAAGUUCAAGAGGAAGUAAGGGGGGUCACAAGGGGCAAAGAGAAUAUUGCAGAUGUUGAUAUAAAACAAAUGCAAUAUUUGAAUGCAGUGAUUAAGGAGACACUAAGACUGCAUCCUCCACUCCCCUUAUUGAUUCCGCGUAAAUUGACAAAAAAUGUCAAUAUACAAGGAUUUGAAGUUCCAGCCAAGACAAUGGUAAUAUUCAAUGCAUGGGCCAUUGGAAGGGACCCUGUGUUCUGGGAUGAACCCGAGAAGUUCAAACCAGAGAGGUUCUUGAAUGAUGCCUAUUUUGGUUUUAACGGCUAUACUGAUUUUUAUGUAAUUCCAUUUGGAAUAGGCAGGCGAGAAUGCCCAUGCGCUGAAUUCGCUUUUGACAUUGUUAAACUUGUAAUCGCUAAUCUUUUGCACAAGUUUGACUGGUCCUUGCCUUGGGGAAUGAGUGGGGAGGACUUAGAUAUGACGGAAGCUACCGGCAUAUCAAGUCAUUUAAAAUAUCCUCUUCAAGCUCUUGUUACUCCGAAGAAUUUUUGUGGCCCACCUACCACAUAAAUAGAUUUUUUUAUCUUUUUAUUUUUUAUUUUUUAUUAUUAUUUUUUUUUUUUUUAAUGAGAUAUCUGUAAAUUCUUAUGUAAAUCCAUGUGAUAUUAUUAGUGCCUC